AUGUCAAACACAAUAUGUUUGCUAGUGUUGGCCAAACUGUUGGCGGCGAUUGUUGGCGUCAAAUAUGUUGACUGUUGGUCUAUACAGGACGGCGGCGGUAUUGCCGCUGCCCUACAAUCGGAUCAGAUUGAACUAAAUUUUUCGGUACUCGAGGGCGUACCCAAUGGUACGCUAAUAGGUGUUAUCCGAUCGCCCAAUUCAUCGGUUAAUAUACAGCCACCCUAUCUGAUAGUACCCGUACCGGGCGGUUCGCACAAAUCAAACACAUCCACGUCGUCCAAUCACAUGUUAUCGUCGGCGUCCGGCAAUACCGGUCGUCGUGGGGGUACCGCAGGCGGCGGCAGCAGCGGUAGUGUCGAUACAGAUCUAUCUAUCGAUCAGACAACUGGCGAGAUAAGGACAGCCGUGCCAUUAGAUCGGGAAGAGCGCAGCUAUUAUUCAUUUAUUGCAUUACCAAUAAGUGGUGCCGUUAUUAAAGUCACGAUUACUAUUGAAGAUAUUAAUGAUAAUUCACCAAAAUUUCCAACAAAAGUUAUCGAUCUGGAGUUUCCUGAAAAUAGUAAACCCAAUAACGUUAAGCGCACACUACCACCAGCCAGGGAUCUGGACUUAGGCAAAUUUGGUACACAAAAGUACCGAAUAGUUUCGGGUAAUAUUGGCAAUGCUUUUCGUUUGCUAAGUCAUCGGGAAAAAGAUGAUGUACUAUAUCUGGAUCUUCAAGUUAAUGGACCACUUGAUAGGGAAACCAUUUCAAACUAUACGCUGGUUAUCGAAGCCCUUGAUGGCGGACAGCCACAGCUCAGGGAUGAGAUGACCGUUAGGAUUGCAAUUUUGGAUCACAACGACUGCGAACCAGUAUUCAGCGAAAGUCAUUAUUACGGAACAGUUGCUGAAAACGUUACAAUUGGCAGUCCAUUGUUGAGAGUAGUGGCCACCGAUAGUGACCAAGGAGACAAUGGACUGGUCACCUAUUCGUUACAUAGUAAACCACUAUCGGGUUUAUCACCUUAUUUCGAGAUCGACAAACACAACGGCUGGAUAUUUGUGGUCAAAGCCUUGGACUUUGAGACCAAAGAGAUACACGAAUUGGUUGUCAUUGCCAGAGAUUCUGGCGCUCAGCCACUCGAGACAUCGGCAUUGGUGUCCAUACGGAUUACGGAUGUCAACGACAAUCAGCCGACAUUUAGUCUGCUAUUUUUGACCGAAAAUGCCAGACCAGAGAUACCGGAAAAUGCCAAAAUCGGCGAUCUGGUGGCCAGAGUUUCGGUCAACGAUGCCGACUCCAGUGACUUUUCAGUCAAUUCGCAAACUAACGACCAAAUGAAUAGGUUGUCAGUUUCGCUGACGGGAAAUGAUCACAGUUUUGGUUUGACCACUCAGGACAAUGUUAUUUAUAUGAUUGUAGUUACCGGUCCACUGGAUCGCCAACUGAAAGCCAAAUACAAUCUGACAGUCAUUGUUACCGAUCAGGGAAGUCCACCGUUGAAUAAGACAUCGAGUUUUGAAUUGGAAAUAAUGGAAAUCAGCGACACACCAAGUCAUCCGCAUAUUGAUCCGCAUAAUUCACGGGAGACAAUACACCAUACGAUACAAUCGGGCGGCGGCAACGACAAUGACCACAACAACUAUCCGAGUACACUGACCACUGAUCAUCGUAUGGCAUCAAAUCCAACAUCAUAUUCAAGAUCACCACAUUUGACGCAUACAUAUAACACAACGCUUAUGUCAUCGGAAACUACACCACCAUUGGAUCUACCGGUUCUCGGAGCGUCCAAUUCGACACAAUUGAUUGGGCUAUCAUCAAACAACACGACAGUACAAUCGGGUACAUCAUAUUUGGGUGUAUCAACCAGUUCGCCAUCACUGCCCGGUUGGAUACUGUUUCUGAUAGUACUGCUAAUGUUGACCACUAUUGUACUGAUGGCUAGCAUUGUGGUUAUCUGUCUGAAUCAACAUCAACAACAACAGCAAAUCAUGUCGGAUCACAUCCGUAAUAUAGGACCGCAUAAUGUUGGCUCAUUUCUCCAGAAGAUCGGACCAAUUGGUUCGCCCAAUCACAGCGAUCUGACCUAUCAUUCACAUCAUACGUCAAGCUAUGGUACGACACCUCAGGCACCGCCACCCUGUUAUAAUGAUCUAACAUUGCAAUCGUCGGCAGUGUUGGCGGCCACUGCCGAAGGACAUUCUGCCUCAAGCGGACGCGGUUCGGCUGAAGACGACGUCGAGGCGGACAUCGAAGAUGUAGACGAAGAAAUUCGAAUGAUUAACGAAAGCGGAAACUAUUAUACCGAUGAAGAAGACCGAGAUGUGACCACAACGGCUGAAUACUUGGCCCGACUCGGAGUUAUCAAUCAUCACGAAGAAGAACGCGAAGAGUCGUCCAUAGCUGUUGAAGACGAAGAAGAAGGAGUUAUUUUGGAUCAAAUGAAUAAUAUAAUCGAUAGUUCGUUAAGUAUUAAUAAUAUCAAUACUAAAGGCCAGUCCUCCUCCAGCAGACAUCACAUGUCCAGUGGUAGCCAGUCUUGCGGUUCGAUGAGUUCGAUAUUGCAUUCGGAAGAAGAACUCAGUGGUUCCUAUAAUUGGGAUUAUCUGCAAAAUUGGGGACCAAAAUAUCUGCCACUGUCGUCAGUAUUUGCAGAAAUUGCUAGACUUAAAGCAAAUUCAAAUAAUGCUGACCAACAUCAGCAGCAACACCAACAACAACUACAGUUUCAGCUACAACUACAACAACAUCUUCAACAACAACAACACCAACAACAAGAUAUGAUGCAAACCAUUGAACCUCAGAUGAUAAGAGUUGUGGAGAAUGCGUCCAUCAGGAGUAGCUCAUCGACUACAUCGUCAUCUCAUAAUAGACACCAAUUACAGCAACAACAACAACAACAGCAGCAGCAGACAGCUGUAGUGAAUAGCAAUCAUCAUCAGAUGAUACCGUCAUCACUGGUACAUCAAUUACAUAUCAACGGAAGCAGCGGUGGCGGCGGCUUUCAGCCGAUGCAGUCAUCAUCAGUGAAUUGUUCGCCAAAUAUUGACAAUAAUAGUAGUAGUGGUGACACAAAUCCCGAUACAAACAAUGCAAUGUCUAUGGAUCAAGAAAUUACCAUUUGA